AUGGCUGCGAAACCCAUAGAGUGGCUACCACUCCCUGAGACGAACGGUAGUGUGAAACUGCAGUUACUAGAUGGGGGAAGCUUCAUCGCAAAUUAUGCUGUGCUACAUGCUGGAGUCAAAGAUGAAUCUUUUCGAAUGUAUAAUUGGGCAUUUCAUAUAUUUCAUCAUGCAACGAAUCGCCACAUCUUGUGGGAUCUUGGCCUAACCUCAAAUCCGAAUGACUAUACACCUUGGGUGAAUAAAUUCUUGAUCGAUGUUCUGAAACCUGUCAGCCCAAAGUUGUCGAUUUCGGAACAGCUCAAGCAAAGGGGGGUAAACGUUGAGGAAGUAGACUCAGUGAUUUUCAGUUCGUGUGGUCAUGCUCAUUGGGAUCACUCGCGGCCUAUACGAGAGUUCUUCCCAAACGCAACGGGUUAUUUCGGACCCGGGACGACAGACUUUUGCUCCCCUGGUCACCUAGUUGAUAGUAACUGUCAAUGGGAUGGUCGCUUUUUUGACCCAAAAAACAAGACCGAAACGUGGAAGGAGCUGAAUGGUCCAUGGGAGAAGUUUGGUCCUUUCACCAAGGCACUGGACUAUUUUGGUGAUGGCAGUUUCUGGAUCAUUCAAGCACCAGGCCACAUGCCAGGAAACCUCUGUGCAGUUGUAAAACUUGAAGAUGGGGAAUGGGUCCUUCUUGGUAGCGACUGCUGCCACUCUAGGGAGCUAUUUGAUGGCGUCCAUGAAAUAGCAGUUUGGAAACAACCCGACGGCAGCACCAGCUCUCUUCAAGCUGACCUAUGCGCGGCAAAAGAUACCAUCGCCAGGAUUAGAAUAAUGGAACAGGAUUUAAAGUGUUAA